AUGAUAAAAAGUGUACAUUACAAUCAAGUCGAUACUGACUUGGACAUAUCGUCCUCUAAACAGUGUCUGCGGUUUCUCCAAGAGAAAGUCAUACCGUCCUUAACAGAUGAUAGUAAGAACAGCACACUGAUACAGUACCAUGGCGUAUCGAAGAAUGACAACAUCAAGCAAUCCGUUAACAAGCUAAACAAACAGAUUGAUGCGGACAAUGAAAGUUUCGAGAAACAACGGGCACUUUGUAUAUACUCUUAUGGUCCCCAUAUCCAAAAAAUGUUAAGUAUUUUGGAAAUAUUCAAGAAGAGUUACAGUAACAAUGAUAAAAAACUUUAUCAAUGGAAUAAAUUAACAUCAUUUGAUAUAAUAGGAGAAGGUAGGAAUGAACUACUGGAGAAAAGACUAAAAGUUCCAAUUUUGGUCACUCUUGUAUCCGAUUCAGAAACUAUGGAUCUAAACCUAAACUUAUUCUCCAAACAGUAA